AUGAAAGCCUCAGAACAUGGCCAAGGCAUGUCCGCUGCCGCCCAAGUGGCUACCACCCCCGACAUCUUCGACCAGAUUCUCUCCCACCCUUUCGGUAACAGAGACCUCACCUCCUUCCUACGCGUAUCUCCCCUCUUCUUUCAUAUGGCCGGACGCAAGCUCUACUCUACGUUGCCCAUAUCCAACGCUCUCAACACUGUCUCCCUCUCGGGGCCUAGUGGGGAAUCGAGCGGCUCUGGCUCCUACGGCAGAGACCAGCUCUUACCGUAUGUCCGCACAGUGGUAGUCGAACGAGCGCCAAUCCCCAAACGCCCUAUUUGGGCGGGAUGGGAAGAGCUGCCUCCCCUUCCCUUUGUCGAGAACGUCAUCAUUCAACCCGCCGACGCCUCUGCUCGACAGCAAGGGGGUCAAGAUACCUCCCUCCCGAGCAACGCCCUCAUCGAAAGACUCUGUCCUUCCGCCACUCGACUCCACCUUGCCACACGGUGCUAUAUCCGCGGUGCAAACAGCAUGCAGCCCAUACCUUCCCUCUCGAAUGUGCACACUCUUGUGCUGAAGGUUCGAACUCCCGACAUUCACGCUCUCUGGCAAGUGCUGGGAGAUAGCGAGGGGGCGUCGCCGCCGUGCUCCAAUAUCCGCCAGGUACAUCUGCUGCUCUGGGGCGACGUGUCAUAUCCUUCCAAGGUGUUUCGGCGCAUACCAUGGCCAAGCAAAACCGGCGUCAGUCGUCGUGAUCUGAUGGAUCUCACCGUGGCUUCUUACGGCCCCUCUACGAGCAGGUUCCUCGCCCAACUAUGUGCCGCUAUCGAGCACUUGGGAGAUAGGGAGCAUGUGAAGGUUUUGCAUUUGUACAAUGUGGAGUCAGUGCUGAAGAGGUACGCGGAGUGGGCUGGUAGUCUGGGGUCGGUGAAUGGAGGGACGGUGGAGGAUACGUUGAGGGAGAUGAAGGAGGCGUUUUGCCGGGAGACAGAAGGGUCGGGCGAUGGGGACGAGGUAUCGGUGGUAUCUUUCAACCCUGCGACGACGUUCUACGACACAUUCGGCCUGUAUGGAGGUGAUAAACAGGAGGCAUGGUAUAUAUCGGCAGCCAUCAAACCAUCGGCAAGACUCACAGCUCUCAGGCAGCAGUUGGCGGAUCGGACGGGGGAGCCUGCGGAUCACUUUUUGGGGCUGAAGGAGCAUGAUGUGCAGACGAUUUUGGAUCACUACAAGGAAUAA